AUGGAGAACUUGGAAGGGGUUGAACGAAUUGAUGAGACAGCGACAUGGGAUUCAUUGGGAGAGUUUCUCUCAAUGGAGGCGGAAGUGAGAGACCAAAAUCACUCGAUUUUACCAAUGAGCGAGGAGACUAUUUCCUCUGAGUUCAUGGCCAUUCAAAACUCAGUUGGUAUCAAGGAGUUCCAGAAGUAA